CUCUGCAUUCCUUUUUGCUUUGUGUCGUGUAGCUCGUUAUUGUCGCCUCUGCGCGGUUUAGAUUUAAUGUCAGUGCUGAGGGUUAAGUUACGCUUUGAUGCGGAUUUUCUUAUAGUAUUUUUGAAAAUUGAAGAUGCUGCUACACAUUGUGCUAUCCCAAGCUCUUUUCAAUUGUUUAUUUCGGAGACGCCGCACAUGUCCUCAGCGGGGCUGUGGUUAGUCCUGAACCUUUAGAAUUUACGAAUAUGUGCAGCAGCUCUGUCAGUGCUCGGCUACCUGAGUUCUAGUUCCCGAGUUCUCAACUCCGGAUGUGAGACGAGCUACUGAUUCCAUGAGAGCUGCGAAGUAGAUUGCAUGAGGGAUUUGCAUGGUUCCAGGGUUACACAUGUGAUGCGCUCUGUGACGUUGUACUCGGGGUGUGCUAAUUUUUCAAGCAGAUGGAAUGCAGCAACCUUCCGUACGAGUGUAUUUUACACAGAGAAGCGCGCACUCACUCUGUUCUCGAAGCCAUGUCUCCAUGGGCCUGCAGCGUUUAAAUCCAACACGGUACAGUCCCUCGCAACUUACGCAAGAGAAUUCUACUCUGUUGGUUUCAGGACGCAUUCUGUAUUUGAAGUCAGAAGAAGCGUGACUUGCUCUGCAGUCCGAAAAUCGUCCAAAGAGAUGCCUCCCAAAAAGAAAUUGAAGGCUUUAUCCGUGGUCAAGGAAGAAGUGCACUCUGAACCCAAAGGUAGAAGUUUGAAGCCUCCUAAGGUUGAGGAGGAAGGUGAGGUUUCAGAGCUUAGUAGAAAGAGACCGAAGCCUUCCUCUACAGUUACGGAAGAAGACAAGGUUACAGAAUCUAGAGUGGAAAAAUUGGGUAAAGAUGCUGCUGCCGCCGCAUCUUCUAAUAGCGAACGCCGACCUCCUCUUAGCCUUGGAGUGCAUCCUGGAAGAAUUCAGAAUUUGAAGCUUGGAGAGAACGAACAUGGGCCAGUGGUUUAUUGGAUGUCAAGAGAUCAUCGGUCACGUGACAAUUGGGCACUUCUGCACGCUGUGCAUCAGGCUCGUGAGAAGGGUGUACCCGUGGCAGUUGCAUUUAACUUAGUGGAAAGUUUUUUGGAAGCGAGAGCACGACAUUUUGGAUUCAUGUUGCGUGGACUGCGAGUUGUGGAACAAAACUUGAAGGCUGUUAACAUCCCUUUCUUCCUGUUUCGAGGUAAUCCAGUAGAGACCAUACCAGAAUUUUUGAAGAAGUGCAACGCUUCACUUCUGGUAAUGGAUUACUCGUCUCUGCGGAUUGGGCGGCAGUGGAGGAACGGUGUCUGCGAAAACGUGGCCUCGUCUGUUGCGGUGGCUGAGGUGGAUGCUCACAAUGUCGUCCCAGUUUGGCGAGCUUCUGACAAGCUGGAAUAUGGUGCCCGCACAAUUCGAAAUAAGAUAAAUAACCAACUUGCUGAGUUUCUAAAUGAAUACCCUGUGCUGGAAAACCCAGGCAAGCCAUGGGAGGCGGGUGCACCUGAUACUAUUGAUUGGGAUGCUCUGAUUGCUGAAGUCUCAAGGUUUGGGAGCGAGGUCCCAGAGGUCACUUGGUGCGAAGCGGGAGAAGAUGCAGCUCUGGAGGCACUGGCGGGGAAGUCGAAGGGCUUUGUUAACAUCCGGAUAAGGAAUUACGUUAACCGCAAUGAUCCCUCGAAGCCAACGGGACUUUCCGGCCUUUCACCAUACUUACAUUAUGGCCAUAUUUCGGCACAGCGUUGUGCUCUCGAGGCAAGGAAGGUUCGAAAGGUCCACACGAAGUCGGUGGAUGCAUUUUUGGAGGAGUUGAUUGUGCGCGGUGGCUUAGCAGAAAACUUCUGCCAUUACCAGCCCAAUUACGACAACUUAAAGGGUGCUUGGGGUUGGGCUCAAGAAUCGUUGAGAAUCCACGCUAAAGACAAACGAGAGGUUGUUUACACUGAAAGUGAGCUGGAGGCAGGGAAGACCCAUGACAAGCUGUGGAAUGCUGCCCAGCUCGAGAUGGUUUACUACGGGAAAAUGCAUGGUUUUAUGAGAAUGUAUUGGGCAAAGAAAAUUUUGGAGUGGACCGAGUCCCCUGAGGAAGCCCUUCGCAUAGCAAUUUACCUUAAUGACAAGUAUGAACUGGAUGGAAGGGAUCCGAAUGGCUACGUUGGCUGCAUGUGGUCAAUAUGUGGUAUCCACGAUCAGGGCUGGAAGGAGCGUCCUGUGUUUGGAAAAAUUAGGUACAUGAAUUUUAAUGGUUGCAAGCGAAAGUUCAAUGUUGAUGGAUAUAUCAUGAAUGUCAACCAGAUGGUAGCUAAGACUAAGAAGCAGCUGAAAGAAGGUAGUACCACUGCUGCGCCAUCCAAGCCAGUAGCUGGGAAAAGUGAUAAGUUGUAACAUUUCCUCCAAUUUGAUGUAAGGUUCGUAUCUCCGUUCAGUCUGUAAAAUUGUGUUAGCCUGCAUGGCUGCAUUCUUAUUUAGUGCAGUAUUCAUGUCUGCCUGGUUUACACUUCAAA